UCUAUUUGUGUAUAAAAUAUUUAUUUGUGCAUGUGAAUAAUUAAAAAAUUGCUAAUUUAGAUGAUACAGAGCUUGAAAGGAAUAAAUUUAUUGCCGAUAUGAAAAAUUACCGACCCAAUACGACAAUAUUUGAACAUGGAGCACUUUCAAAAACUCAAGCCAAACAAGUUAUGUUAAAAAAGAGACAAAUACAUGCUGAAAUCCUUAAUCAAAAAAGAGUUGCUCAUGAUGAUGAUGAUGAUGAACCCAAAGAAAAAAUAGAAAAGGCUGAUCAAGAGUAUGCGACCGAAAGUGAUUUACAAAUUUUUUCCCAAACUUUUCAUUCUUCAAAAAAUGUACCAAAGAAGCAAAAUAAUUUCAAAGAUAAAGAUCACUAUAUAUCAUAUGUAUCCUCUGAACAUUAUAAAGAAAAGGGUCUAGGUUUAGAGUCAACUUUUGAGCGCCAAGCAGCAAGUGCUGUAUUAGAUCUUACUGGUGAUGAUGAUCAAACGUCCGGAAAAAUUAAAAGUUCUAAAAAAAAGUGGGAUAGAAAAAAGAAAAGGUUUGUGGGUGACAGUGGUUUAGAGAAGUCAAAGAAAAUGAAAACCGAAAGUGGUGCAUGGAUACCCAAGAGCUAUAAAUCUGAUCUUUAUAAAAAAUGGCAAGAAAAGAAUAAAGUGAAAUACCAACAAGAUGAGAGUGAGAGUGACACAGAUGCUAGAAAAGUUUCGCACUUCAGAGGUGCAGUAAAGGGAGGAGGGAUGAAGGGUAAGAAAUCAAAUAAACCCCCAAGAAGGGAACUGAAAAAUAAAGAAGAAAUCUUAAAAGCAAGAAACAGAACAGAAAGAUUACAGAGUCACGCCAAGAAGAAGCGUCAACUGAAAAUGAAUAGGAGAAAAAAAUAACCUUCCAUUAAAAUGCAUUCUGUUGAUUGUAAAUAAAUUUAUUUUUAACUUGUU